AUGUUUGACUACGAGAUGGACCCUGGCCCAGGCGAGUUCUGCGACGCAGUUUCCUUUCGAACUCGGAGGAAGACGGCCCCUAGACUUGUGAACGAUCUACUUGAUUACGAUCUAAGAAGAAGCACAAAAACCGGCAAACACAUUCUCAUAGACCCCGCGCCCAUUCACAAUGAUGCGCAUUUUGGUGAAAGGACCGAUCCCUCCGGUUGUCGCCACGAGCUUUAUAGGAAAGACCUUCAAACGGCAUCUCUGCAUCCGCAUGAGGAUCCUGAUCCCACGACAAUCUGCAAGAUAGCUGCAUUCUGCUUUAAAUGUCGAUAUCAUUUUUUGAUAACGGUGGAUUAUCGAGACUGGAAAGAUGGACAAACUCCUUGUAAUUCUAGAGAUCCGGAAAAUCCGCUCCACCAUUUUCGAGUAGUUGAUUCACGUUGGUUACAGAAUUCGAAUGGGGUGUGCAACUUUGUGGAGCAUCGAUUUGCGUGCACUGCGGCUACCUGUCCAGUCAAGGUUGAAGUCAAAAUAUCGCCACCCAGGUUGUUCAUGAGCAUGGUGUCUCUCUUGACAGAUCUUCAAAACAUUUUAGGUCGCGGUCAAAAAGAAAUUGAAGCAGACCCCAAAAGAUUCGAGGGACACAGGCCUUUAUACCCAAUACAGGUUCUCGGCAAUCUUCGUACAUAUUUACAAGAUGCAGGAGGUGAGACUAGAAAACAGAUUGCGAGGAGGAAUAAAAAGUUCAGAUUAGCAUUCGGAGACGACUGUGACAGCCUCCUGAAAUAUUUGGGAUUUGAACUCAAGCUGGAGCCGUCGUCCCAGCCCGAAGAUGAAUUCGCUCAGUUUUGGACUUUGCCCGCUGUCGAUGAUGAGAAUCGUGACUUCAUAGAUGAUGUCAAGUUCGAGCUCAAUCAGCUCAUGUCCGAGCGACCAAUAAUGGAGCAAAACUUACCUGGAGCAGGACGUCGCGAAACUCUCACAUAUGCUCUGGCUGAUAUUAGACAAUCUUUGGCUUGCAACAAUUAUCCUCAGAGGAAUAUAGAUGCUGUUCAAAAUGUAGAGACGGUGGAGCAUCCUUAUUACGCCAGUUUAGGCGCAAUGGAGACGUUCACGGAUGAUCUGCUAGCCUGGAGCUACGACCGACAAUGUCAAUGUGACCCGAAGAGCAAGCCAUACUAUUUAGACUGUUUGCGAGAGCUUGGAAAUGGCCGCCUUAGUUCUGAUCUACAAACGAAGGCUGCAAUGAUCGUGUCUACUGGCGAAGUCAGCCUGAAAGAUAUUGAGAAAGCUUACUCAUUUUUCGCGCUGCAGAGAAGUGCUGCUGAAGCUGAAGCCGAUGACUACAUUCUUGGUGUUUUUAAAUCCCGUAUUGAUUCUGCCCCACGACAAAAAGAUGAGGCGCGCGAAUGCCUGCUUGUGAUAGCAAAGGAUAGGCAGAGCAACGCUAUCGAAGCUGUAGCGAACGAUAGAUCAAUGACAUUUGAGGAAGCUCUCGAAUUUUUGAGCGUUUCGUCAGAUACUGCAUCCGAUAGUAUUGAAGCCGCUGCUGUUGCAAUGUCUUUUGAGGGCGACAAGAACAAAGUCGCAAAAGCUCUUAGAGCUAUUGCUAAUAAGCGUGGUGAUGAUUAUACCCUGCAGCGUGCGGCUACGUCCAUGGAGUCGGGAACUGAAGAUCCAAAUCUUGACGUUGGUGAGGCUUACAAUCGACUCCAAAUCAACGAUAGAAGAGCUCCGGAUGAUACUGUACUGGCCUACUACGAAAGUUUGAGGGCUGGUGCUCCUGCCGGAUCAUCAGAUAGCUACACAGAAGCAUUUCGGGUAAUAGCUCACGAUCGUCAGAGUAGUUACUUAUUAAGGAAACUCGACGAUCCAAAAGCCGAUAUUCAAGCAGAAAAGUCAACAGUUAAUCAACCUAUUGGUCUGGACAACAUCGGGAACACUUGUUAUCUAAACAGUCUUCUUCAGUAUUACUAUACGGUAAAAUCCGUUCGAGACGUAGUCAUGAAUUUCGAUCAAAAUCGCAUGUCCCUGAACGAAGAGGAUAUCAAGAAGAAACGUGUUGGAGGUCGUGCUGUCAGUAAGGCCGAAAUCAUCAAAGCCCAGAAAUUCGUGACGGAGUUACAUGACCUGUUUGAAAAUCUGAAGACCGCCUCAACAAAAUCUAUUAAACCUACUAGAGAGUUAGCUGAGUUGACUAUAUUUAGCUCGGCAGCUGAAGCAAAUUUCCGUCGAGCUUCUAUCAGUAGUCCAAGUGGUCCACCAAACAUCGCUUCUAUGAUGAGCCCCAUUUUUGGGCCAGAAGGUCCCCCAAACACGACCUUUUCUCCUCCACCUUCGAUUGAUGAUGAUAUUGAAAUGGUUGACCGGCCUGAAGAUAAAGUCUUGAAUCAGCGUGAUGACAGUAGUGAGUGUACACUGGUAGAUGCACCGGAUAUGGAUGGUUUACCUCCAUAUCUUGACGUUGUAGGGAAAACAAGUGCCGCAGCAGAAAAAGUCUGGGACAUCAAGACAGAGGAUACCAGUAGUACCUUUGAUGAUGCUGUUAUGGUCAAUGGCGAUUCGAUAUCACCAGCUUCGGACAUCAUCCCCGCCGCGCCAGAUAAGCCGCCCCCAAUUCCUCCAAGAAAUAAGGCUGGCCUUUCGAUACAGACAAAUGAUCACAAAGAGGUCAUCACCGACGACGAUCUAUGGAAAUUUGGAUCUCAGCAAGAUGUUACCGAGGUGAUCGGAAACGUGAUGUUUCGUUUGCAAUGCGCUAUAAAACCAACAAGUAUCGAUCCUGUCUCUGGUGAGCAAAUCGACAACGUCAGGGACACAUUCUAUGGUGCGAAUGCCUCAUACCUUCGGAAGUCGCAAAAACUAGAGAAGAAAGUUGAGCCAUGGGCGAAUCUCAUUAUUUUCCCGGAUGAAAAUAAGCCUCGAGAUAUUUAUGAAGCAUUGGAUGUGGUUUUUGAUGAACAGCAGGUACAUAUUGAUGGUACUGUUCAACCACAAUAUGCAUCCAUUACUAAACUACCUCCGAUAUUACAAGUACAAAUCCAACGUACACGUUACGACAAUGUCAAGCAUACGGCGUAUAAGAACAGAAAUGCGGUCAUAUUUCCAGAGACGAUAUACCUUGAUAGAUAUAUGGACUCCGAAGAUUCUGACUCUACUUUGAUGCGCCGUCGUCAAGAAGCAUGGAAAUGGAAGACCCGCAUCAAUACCUUGGAAGAGCGGCAAAAGUCCCUCGGCCAAGAAAACACAGCAGAAGAGAUUUCUGUUUGUGAAGCGCUAUCUGCAGCAAAUAACUUCACUAAAGGUUUGCAGGAGAUGAAUGGCGUUGAAGUUGACGCAGACUUGGUCACCAUGCUUGAAGAACGACAAACCGAAUUAAUCCAAGAGAUCGAGAGAAAUGAUGAAGAAAUCCAACUCCUUAAACAAAAACGAAAUGAACAAUUCACCAACAUGACAAAGUAUGAAUACAAACUUCAAACGGUAUUCAUUCAUCGCGGUGAAGCUGGUGGUGGUCAUUACUGGAUCUACAUAUACGAUUUCGAGAACGAUAUCUGGAGAGAAUAUAACGAUGAAUACGUGACGGAAGUGCGUGAUCGUCGCAGAAUCUUCGAACAUGAAGCUGCUGGUGCAAGUGGCACUCCUUAUUACCUCGGAUAUGUACGGAGUUCGGAUGUGAUGGGUUUGGUAGGGGCUGUGCAUAGGGAACUGAGGGAGGUGGAAAUGUCUAAUACACUUCCCGUGGCGGGUGCGAAAUCGUGGGCGAGGAAUUUGGAAGAUGGGGUUGAGGUGCGUCAUGAUGAGGAUGUGGAGAUGGGGGAAGUGAGACAUCUGGAAUAUGUGAAUCCGAGACAGAUUAUGCCGAAGACGGAUGAAGAGGAUAAGACAGGUGUUACUUCUCAAUUGGCAUCAGAUGCAUAUGAAGCUCAGUGGUAG